CGGUUGAUUCGCUGUGUACUGAGGCGGGCAGGAGCGGAGCUGGUCUGAGGAACUCCGGCUACUGUGUGAACGUUAUUAUAUCCGCCUGCAGCUCAGAAAACACCGGUAAAACUUCACAGCGGGGCUCGGCAGGGCUUCGGGAGCGGGUUCGCCUCCGAGUUUAAACAGUGUUAAGAGGCACACAGGGUUUGAGAGGUGACAGAAAUAACUUCACGUAUUCAGACUCUGCUAGAGCUAAUCCGCUAAUGCUCUCUGAUAGGCCUGCACGAUUAGCCUCACAAAGGAUGGAGUCACUCCAAACACAGAGGCCGUGGUGGGUGUGUGAAGGAGUGCAUGUGUGUGUGUUUGUGUGAGUGAGUGUGAGUAAUGGCUGACCAACAAAGACAACGCUCCCUCUCCACAUCAGGGGAAACACUUUACCUGGCCCUAGGGGUCUCUAAGACUGCUACACCAGAGGACAUCAAAAAGUGCUACCGGAAACUAGCACUGAAGUUCCAUCCAGACAAGAACCCUGAUAAUCCAGAAGCAGCAGAGAAGUUUAAAGAGAUCAACAAUGCUCACGCCAUCCUUAUAGAUCCCACAAAACGCAACAUCUAUGACCAGUAUGGAUCUCUCGGCCUCUACGUGGCUGAGCAGUUUGGAGAGGAGAACGUCAACACAUACUUUGUGCUCUCAAGCUGGUGGGCUAAGGCAUUGUUUAUCUUCUGUGGCGUUGCCACAGGUUGUUAUUGCUGCUGUUGUUUGUGCUGCUGCUGUAACUGCUGCUGUGGAAAGUGUAAACCGCGGCCUCCCAUGGACCACGAGCCAGAUUUUUAUGUGUCCCCUGAGGACUUGGAGGCCCAGAUGCAGUCUGAUGAAAGAGAUGGUGAUCCCAUCCUGGUGCAGCCUUCUUCAGCCACAGAGACCACUCAGCUGAAGUCAGACAGUCACCACUCCAGCUACCGUACCGACACGGGCUACUAGAGCCUUCUAGAACCUUCUUCUCGACCUCCUCUCCCUUCCCUUUUCCUCUGGGACCACCUAGCCAGCAGAGGGAGCUGUCCUUUACACCCUGCGCUACAACUGCCGAAUGAGUGAAGGAGAGAACGGGAUAGAAGGGCUGGACGAGUGGACAGGUCACUGUCUCUGAUCUCUGCUAUGAAAUGUGAAAGCUCUAAAAGCUCAGGCAUGCCUCUGCACAGACAAAGACACAGGAUUUUCUUUUGCCUUUUUACCACUCCCAAUUUUAGUGUAUGUAAUGUAACAGUACCGUUUUUAUAUUAGAUGCUGUUUCCUGGUAUGACAGAGACCAUAGUCGAACUAUGCAUAACAGCAGAUCCAUAACUUACCACUGAUUUUCUUGUACCUACACUGGAACAUUCCCUAAAUAUUUAUUAUCAGCAUAAGCAUAUCUUCAGUUCUCUGCUUUUUUACGUUCAUUUUGCAAAAAGCAAAAAAAAUGAAAGCCAGCUAGCUAAAUAUAUAUAUAUUGUACUAGGUUUGUGUACUGACCAUAGACAAGGCAAGGGAAAAUUUAGUUUUCACUGUUUACGUUUUAAAGUCUUUCGUUUGUCUGUUUUAUAUUGUGACAAUAUUCACAGUUUAGCUUAGGUGACUUCUUUUCUUUAACCAGUUGAUUUGCACCUACUGUCAUCUAUGGUGUGUAUCCAAAGGCCCAGGAGUACACCACCAGAAUUAAGGCCCUCAUUAAUAAGUCACACAUCAUCACUAUGUCACUAUGCUUUUGACAGGAACUGUCCAUAGUCUUACUGAUGCACACACACUAUUCAUUUGUAAAAGACAGUGUAGUUGUGGACAGUUUGGUGUGGUUUUUAAUUGUGGCUAUUUUUGUUGUUCCCAUGUUUUAUCAUGGAGUUUAUCAUGUCCCUUAUUCUUUUGUAGCAUUAGAAAUUAGGUCUGCCCAAUAUAUUGUUUCAGGAUGGUCAUCGCAGUGUGAGUAUGUGUAAUGAGCAAUGUCAUAUACGGCAAAUUAAACCACACGUCAUGCUUUUUGGCUGCUCUGUUCACUGAUUACAGGAGGUGACCAGAUACUUUUGGACAUCUUGUGUAAUGCUGUACAUACAUUUCCAUGAGGAAAUGCAGGCAGUGUGUAGUUGAAAGCUUUUGUAUUUAAUUUGAAUACUUUGGAUAAUUCUGAAGUCCAUAAUUAAUACAAAAGGACCAUAAAGCAUUAUUCCUAUUGUGACAAACACCUUUCAACUGGAAAAUGACUUGUUUUAGGUAGACCAUAUACAGGCUUUCAGUUUGUUUUGUAGAUCAUGUGUGUAUAGCAGGUAUGCUGUUGUGCACAUCCUUGCACAAUAUAAUCACGAGUGUAGUUGUGUGGUUAAGGAGGUGGAGCAUUAGUGGUAUGAGGUUUGCAUGCUCAGUAUUAUCAUUACUGCCACAUGACCAUAUUAGCCAAACAUGGAUAGAUCUCCUGCUCUGGUUCAGUCCUCUGCCUUCCUGUAAAUGCUUCAUCACACCGUCAGUGUUCUUCUCUCUGGUCUCUUUCUUUGAUUUCAUUUUUUACCCAAAGAUAUUUACAGAGAGAGAACUGUUAGACUAAAUAAUUUAAGUACAGUACAGCCAGACUCCAGUGAAAUACCAUAGAAAAAAGUAAUGUAUUGAAUGGGGUUUAUUGUAAUGCUUACAUCAUUUCCACAAUAAUGAAAUGCAUUCCAUCAACACUAUUGCUAUUGCCAGACAUACAUUAAUAAUCAAACAAAAAAGCCAAUACUUAUCAAAGUUCUUUAAUUAAGAAUGCUGACCCACAAUUAGUUAAAGUUUACUGAAUUCUAUUAGACAGCUGAUGAUGGAUGAACUUAGAUCAGUACUUUUACUUCGAUAAGUUUUAAAAAAAUAAGGCCCAAUGAGUGUGUUUACGUGCACUCAAAAAAUCCAUUCUUAUAAAUUCUUACAUUAGAGUAGCUUUGUAAUGAUUUUUCCGUCUGUUCAUGCACUAAAACAGACCCUGGUACCUGAAAAGGGCUGCAAGCUGGCAUAAUAACACUUUCGUAAUCUAUAUCUUUAUCUCCGAGCUUAUGUAUUUUCAUAUUUUGCGACUUGAUGUGCUUUCAACAAAAGAUGUGGCGUGAGGUUUGGAAUUAACACUACAUCUUUAUUCUGUGAGGGGUUUUUUUGGCUGGUAGUAAAAAAACAAAUCGGAUUAUUGGCAUACUCAUGUUAUCUUCUUGAUCCAAUUACUGUAAGCACACUCUACACACUUAAUACUUUAAUAUAUAUAUAUAUAUAUAUAAUUUCUUAUCAUGGAAAUGAUGUAGAAAUAUCCAGGGCACCGUAUUUCCAGUGCAUAUAUAUAAAACAUAAUUUUAAAUGGGUUUUAAAGAUGUAUGUGUGUAUGUGUGUUAUAUGUUGUUUUCUUGUGGGUGGCUGAAUGAGAGAGAGAGAGUGGGUGUGAAUUUAUGCUUGUUGUCAUGUAGUAUGAGUCUACUUGAGCUAAUGUAAACCGAUGUAUGUAAUUGUUUAGAUUAAAUUUUUUGUUUGUUUGUUUGUUUGUUUGUUUUUUUGCGCUUCAUUAACAUCACCACUGUUGGUCUUCAGGCUUUUUAUUAUGAUUUAGUUUAGUGAGAGGUUUACAUUAAGGGAAUGAUUAACACAAACAAUUUCAGUUCUGUGGUCUCCUAAACAAACCUUCUCCAAAUGGUUUAGUGUGAGUAGUGCCACGCCACCUUUUAGAUCUACACAUUCUGGCUACCAGAGGAAAUCCACUCUCUCUUAUUUUUGUACAUUGUAAAUUUGUUCUUUUAGUUGCUAGUUUUGAUUUGACUACAUGGUGGAAGCACAGUCUGGAGGCUUUGUCUGUUUAAAGGUAGUAUUUAAAGAAAAUCAUGCAAUCACCUCCAGAUAUCAUAGAAACGUUGGCGAAAUAGUGAUACAGUAGGAAACUUUUAUUUAAUUUAUUUUCUUAUGUUUUUAACAAAUGACUAGUUGAAAUGAUGUGUAAGUGGAUGUGGCCAUUCUACUGACUGGCUGAAUUCGUUUGCGCUGUGGGAAUAUAUCUGUUGAGUUCAGUCAAUGUUUUUUUCCUGUUGUAGCAUGAGAAUUCUGUGUCUGAGAGGGAAAUAAUAUGAGUAAGUUAUCUUGCUGUUGUACAAUAAAUGUUUCUAAAGAUAA